CGCGGCAAAAUAAAAAGCGAUAGAGGUAAGGGAAUCUUCUCAAAACAGGGCGAUAAUUUCGGGAACACAAUUAUUAUUAUUAAUCGUUUCGACUCGAGGGAAACACCGUAGUACCCUCUCGAGAAUAUACCUGCUCUCUUUGUUGGUAUAUCACGGAGCAAAGCCAUUUAAAAGUCGAUGCAUGUACAUACCUAUAUGGCCUGCACUCUGGCGUUCGCACAUAUUUCAUCGUGCAGCGCAAACUCUAAUGAUGAUCUACGACCGGCCACCGCGCGCACAGCGUCUAUAAACCUCCUAAUUUUUCCUCUAUAAAUUCGCGUAUACCGAGCGUGAAUUAUAAAAAAUAGAAUGCGUUCUCACGGCUUACCCGCUAUAUAUCUCUGCGUCGUUUUAUGGAAUUUUUAGAGAAGCUCUUGAAUCUUCAAUUUUUUAAUCAAAAUAUCAACAAUGCUCUACGUCCCUUACAGAAUACGUACAUUUGAGCCCCACGAUCGGACGAUACUGCAACUGAUGGAAAUAGCAUCCGUACAAAGACCCCACACCUGGCAAAAAAAAAAAAAAAAAUCAAAAUUUAAAUCAAUACACAAGAUAUUAUUAUCAUCUAUAGGCGCAAUUACGAUAUUUAUUUACAUAUAGAAAAUUACCGCUGCGUGUACCGAUAAUUUCGAUAAUCGCUUUUCGAUAAUUAUACGCAUACGACGCAUUUAUUAUUCACCAUCCGGACGUGCGGGAGAUGCGCAAAAUCGAUCCAUCUCCAUGAGUCCGGAGCGACACCGAGAGAUACAAACAAACGGAGAGCUCGAUGAGACGAGUCGUACGAUACUGGGGAGCAGAGGCAAUGAACGAGGAGGAAGUGGACGAUUGUUUGGAAAGUUUACGGCAAGAGUCGAAGAAAGAGCUUGACAUUUUUCACAGUUUGCAAUCGAGGGCUGGGUCAUCGGAAGCGGAGACGUUUUUGCCAAGACUCGUCUUGAUGUGUAACUUGAUAGCCGCGGUGCUAUCGCAGUUGCUCGACGUUUUCAUCAAGUGCGAGAAAAAUGUCACAAAGCGUCGUAAAAGUGUAACUAAAUUCGAAGAAAGAUUACACUGUCGAAAUGAAAUCACGAUGAUGAACUACCUCGUUUCAAUCCUGUUCAGUGCAGAGAUGACUGUAAUACCUGCAGUGUUAAAUUAUAGUCUAUCCCUGAAUAAACUCGGCCCGAAUUUUUACUCGUCAUACUGCUCUACUGCGACUGUGAACGUUCAGGUUUUUUUAUUCGUUUCUCCGACAUACUCGGGAAUGCAAUGUCAGAAUUCAGCUGAAAUCGUCAAUGGGGUACUUGGUUUCUUCAAAUCCAUUUGUCACGUUGCCUUUUUAACAUCCAUUCUUGGCACAGCUUUAUUUUACACUUCUAGCUUGCUCACAAUGAUUGACGUAUUUCUGGAUGUAACCAGAAUAUUUCUAAGGAGAGUGGAUCAAUUCGAAUCCUUGUACUCAAUGACUAUGGUCAUUUGUAUAUUUGUAACUUAAGUAUUCCGCAACAAAUAAAGAUACUUAUUAUUGAUAUAAUAUCAUAUGGUUCAACUAAAAAAGAAUAUAUAUUAAGAAAAAAUAAAAAUAUCAUACCUUUUGCACCAGACUAUAUUAAUGUCGUCACCUACCGUUUUUCACUUUUAGUAAAUGAUAUAAAAUAUCCUUCACGAUGUGUUCCGUAAGAGGGUUCGGUAGAAUUUUGGUAAAUCCCCCACGAAACGUACAACAUAAUUUCGUCUUUCAGCACUGAUGAAAUUGGGAUAAUAGAUGAUAAGGGUAAUGAUAAUACAAAUAAAAUAUCCAAGAUUCAACAUUUACGCGCAUUUUAAUAUGGAAUAAAAAAAUAUAUGAACACUGAAUUUAUCUUGAGUAAAAUAUAAAAAAUACUGUGGAAUAUUUUUAACCGUUCAUUGACAUCAUGACUGUAGCGUAAGACAUUGCCGUUUUGAGAAUCUACAAUAAAUAAAAAUGAUUUUGAUUGUUAGCAUAGUAGUGUGAUGGAGAAUUAGUGAUAUUCCCUAAUAAAAAAAAAAGAUAUUUUAAAUCAUCA